AUGGCCACGUUAGCUCGGCUGCAAGCUCGGUCGAAGUUCGUAGCUCAGCAGUACUACUUCAGGAACAGUGUUGUAGAUAUAUUUAGGAAAAAGGAGUAUGAUGCAGCAGUUAAAAUCCAGAGCUGGUUUCGAGGAUGUCAAGUUCGGGCAUAUAUCAGGAAUUUACAUAGAGUAGCAACUAUUAUUCAAAAAUGGUGGAGAAGUUACUCAGGGAGACAAGAGUAUCAACUAAUUGUAAAGUUCGCAUCUUGUGCUAUGAAGAUGAAUCUCUACAAUGCAAUGGCUGUCAGGAUUCAGAGGCGAUGGCGAGGCUAUAGGAUUCGGAAAUACUGCUUUAAUUAUUUUUAUUUGAAGGAGUACCUGAAAGCUGUUUCAGAGACCAAUGAUGCUAUUAGGGAGGCACUGGAGGAGUUUGCAGAGAUGAAAGAAAGAGAAGAGAAGAAGGCCAACUUCGAAAGGGAAGAGAAGAAAAGAGAUUACCAAGCCCGGAAGAUGCAUUACCUCCUCAGCACAAAGCAGAUUCCAGGUAUAUACAAUUCACCAUUCAGAAAAGAUCCUGAUCCCUGGGAAUUGAGGUUACAAAAGGCAAAGCCUUUAACAUACCAAAGGUCUAAAGUUAAGCAGAAGCGCUGCAUCAGCCUUAGCAGUUGGCUAGCUUGUACAAGUGCCCGUUCCUUUCCUCGAUCUGAAAUUCUGCCACCCAUUGAUAGGAAACAAUGUCAGGGACCAUUCCGUGAUAUCACUGAAGUAUUAGAACAGCGCUACAAGCCUUUGGAGCCAACAUUGUGGGUAGCAGAACCAAUCAGUGAGUUAAAGGUGGCCAGAGGGGAAUUCAGAAGACAGGAAUGGAUGCGAAAUGUAAAUGACAAUAUGUUUUUGCCAUUUUCUUCCUACCAUAAAAAUAAAAAGUAUACCCCAUUAAUGCAUUCAUCAAGCAAGUAUGGUCCCAAUUCCUAUGGAAGUCAACAUUUUAGAGAUGAAAAUCCUAAGAAGUGGAUCUGUGACAAGGAUUUCCAAACUGUAUUACCAUCAUUUGAUCUCUUCUCAAAGUACGGAAAAUUAUAUUCAAAAGCUGGACAAAUUAUCUAA